AUGAAGUUCUCUCAAAUCUUUCUUGCUGCCGCUUCGGCGAGCUUCGCUAUUGCAGACUACGUUCGAUGUGGCACUCCUCAACCCAACUCCACUCACGUGGCCGAGAUGGACGCCAUCGUUGACUCUUCAGAUGCGAGAGCCAUGGCUGCUGCUGCUGUCAGCGUUGGAGUGUACGUCCAUGUCGUUACGACCUCCGCCAAGCAAGGUCGUUACUCGCAGUCUAUGAUCAAUGAGCAAAUCAGUGUCAUGAACGAGGCCUACAGCUCCAUGGGUGUCUCUUACAGUCUCCUUGCCACCGACUUCACGGUCAACAACGCCUGGGCCACCGCAGGACAAGACAGCACCACAGAACGCGCGAUGAAGCAAGCUCUCAAGCGUGGUAGCUACGGUCAGCUCGACCUAUACUUCCUCUCAGAUCUCGGUGGUGGCCUUCUCGGAUUCUGUUACUUCCCAGUCGCCAGCCCCUCCAGCACGGACCGUAUUCUUGAUGGAUGUAUCAACCUCGCCGAUUCUCUCCCGGGUGGCAGUGCGACCAACUACGACGAAGGAAUGACCGCUGUGCACGAGGUCGGUCAUUGGUUCGGCCUUUACCACGUCUUCCAGGGCUCGUCGUGCUCCGGAAACGGUGAUGGAGUUGCGGACACUCCUAUCCAGAGAGUUGCCACCAACGGCUGCCCGGCUAGCCAGGAUUCUUGCCCCAACUCUGCUGGCGCUGACAGCAUCCACAACUACAUGGACUACUCUUACGAUUCGUGCAUGUACGAGUUCACCAGCGGCCAGAACUCCCGAGCAACCUCYCUCUACCAGCAAUACCGGGCCGGUAAAUAA